AAUAUGAAUAUACCCUUACUAUCUUAAGAUAUAUGAUAUCAAGUUUUCGGGUAAAAAAUGUACGAACUAUGUUAGACAGGUUUGCAAGGACUCGCGUAUAAAUAGACUGUCAGCUUCACAAUAUGCAUUCAAUUCCUCUCUUGUUCUUGAAGAGUAAGGAGCUGUACUUACCUAUCAUCAUGUUUAGGUUCUUGGUAAUUUGUGGAUGUCUAAUGGCCGUCGCCAGGGCUGGAGUUAUCGGGGGCGGUUUGCUAGCAGCUACCGCACCUGCAGCGCUCGCUGUUCAACCUGCUGCAGCUCUAUCUCUACCGGUGUCCACUGCUGCGGUCGUACCAACAAUCGCGACCUCCUCUUCCAAUAUUAUUCGGGGUAUCGGUAAUUUAGCUGCUAUCUCGGCGUACUCGAAGAGCGUCGAUACGCCGUUCAGUAGCGUCAGGAAAGCGGACGUCCGCGUUAACAAUCCUGGAAUCGUGACGGCUGCUGUCGCGCCCGCGCCCGCGCUCGCAGUGACAAAUACUGCUCUUGCAGCACCUCUUGCUACUGCCGCCAUUGCCGCACCUGGUCUACUAGCUCCUGGAUUGACAACUGCUCUUGCUGGACCAGCCUUAGCUGCAGGUCUAGGCGCACCUCUUGGUCUCAACGGUUUGGGUCUUAAUGGUUUGGGAGCAGUCAAGGUUCUCUAAAGACAUCGGCACAACAACCUUAAGCUGGUCGACCUUCCACAUCGAUCGCAUUAACAAUUUAAUACAUAUACGUACGUGUCACAGAAUGUAACGCUCCAACGAGAAAUAAAUAAAAAAAGGUUGAGAUGCCAAGCAAUGAAUUGAUCAA